GUUGGGAGGAGGCCAUGGUAGGAGGUGCAGUCCUUGCUAGAUUCCCAUCUUCCUCAGUUUUACUCCUCCGCCAUCUCUGUUGACCUCCCCGCCGACUGGUGCCAUGGCCAACCACCUGGAAUUAAUGCAGGAGCUGCAGCAGCUGGACAAGGUGCCCAGUCUGGAGAGGCUGCGGGCAGCUCAGAAGCGCCGUACACAGCAGUUGAAGAGAUGGGCGGUAUAUGAGAAGGAGAUGCAGAACAAAAAGAGAAAGGCCGAUAAGAAAGGACGUUUUAUAAACCUCCAACAUUCAGAGCACAAGAAGCAUGUUUCAUUUUCUGCCAGCGUGGCCCUUCUGGAGGCUUCAACCAGGAAUGAUCCAGAUGAAGUGCGCUACCUGCUGAGGAACAACGUGAGUCCAGACCUGUGCAAUGAAGAGGGUCUCACUGCCCUCCAUCAGUGCUGUAUAGACAACUAUGAGGAGAUGGUGAAGAUCCUGUUAGACCGAGGAGCUACUGUGAAUUCUCAGGACAAUGAACUGUGGACACCAUUGCACGCUGCUGCUACCUGUGGCCAUGCAGGACUGGUCAAGAUACUCAUUGCACAUGGUGCUGACCUGUUGGCGGUUAACUCAGACGGGAACAUGCCCUACGACCUGUGUGAGGACGACCCGACACUGGACAUCAUUGAAACAGCAAUGGCUAAUCGAGGAAUCACACAAGAGAUGAUCAAUGAGACACGAGCUUCAACAGAGAGGAGGAUGCUGGGAGACAUUCAGGAGAUACUGAAACAAGGAGAGGAGGUCAACAAGCAGGACUGUCAGGGAGCCACACUGCUGCACAUCGCAGCAGCAAAUGGUUACGUGCAGGCUGCAGAGCUGCUGCUGGAGGGGGGCGCCUGCAUAGAUUUGAGUGAUUCAGAUGGAUGGCAGCCUCUUCAUGCUGCUGCAUGUUGGGGUCAGAUGCAUGUAGCAGAGCUGUUGGUAUCUCAUGGAGCCAGUCUCAACGCUAAGACUUCCCUAGAAGAGACUCCUAUUGAUCUGUGUGAGGAAGAGGAGUUCAGAGCCAUGCUGCUGGACCUGAAACACAAACACGACAUCAUCAUGAAGUCGCAGCUCAAACAUAAAACCUCACUGUGCAGGCGAACAUCCAGUGCUGGCAGUCGUGGAAAAGUGGUGCGGCGUGCGAGUCUGUCGGACAGACAUAACCUGUGUCGUAAAGAGUACGAGACGGAGGCCAUCGUCUGGAGAGGAGGGAGGGAGGAGGAUGUCGAGAAAGAGAAGGAGCCAGAUCAGGAGAAUAACCAGGUCACUAGUGUCCAACCAGUUGUAGCUGUGGAGCUGCCAGACAAACCCAAGCAACAGACGAUCCUUAAAGACAGCACCAAACAAAAUGGCCUCAUCUCCACAAUGUCUUCUGUGCCACCUCAGCCGCCCUCCAAUGGCAACACGCUGUUGUCUGAUAAAGGUGGAGUCAUUGCCGUUCAGCCCACUCCAGAGGACACAUGGCCAAGAGAACGCCCUCACACUCUGUCGGAGCUGAAGAAACAGAGGGCGGCUGCCAAACUGUUAAACCACCCCUUAUUCAAUGGUCACCUGGGUAACGGGUCCACAGACUCCUUCAGUGAUUCCAAAACCAAUUUUGAAGUCCCCCACAUGCCACUGGUCUCCUCCAACGGCAGCACAGUGUACUACACACCUGCCAGCGGUGACCCGCCCCUUCUCAAAUUGAAGCAGCCAAUAGAAGAAGAGCCACCAAAAGUGCGGACCUGCUGCUGUGUGUCGUAGCGCCCUUAGUCACGCAACUGUUGAUGGAACAGGACGUGAUUACAUAGGAAGGAGGAAAGCAAGAAAAGAGUUGUAGGAGGAGAGGAAGGAAUGAGGGAGUGAAGCCUUGCAGUUCAGCGGACGUAGAUGUGAAGAAAAGCUUGUUCCUGUCUGGAUAGGAAGCAGGUUCCCGUCUCCUCACAUCCUGUUCCUCUCCUCUCUUAAAAGAUCUUCCAUGAAAUGUGAACAGAUGUCCAUUUCAAAGAAAACGGUCUCAUCAUCAUGAGGCUCCUGUGAACAUUCCCCAAAUUCAGUCCACCUGACGCCUCACAGAGAACAGGAAAUGAAUCCAGCAUUCCUUUUCCUCGAAUGAGAUUCCGAUUCCUUUGCAUUUAUGGAAUCUUGUAUCAGAUAUACCAAACAAACAGAAGCAGAUUCUCUUCACCUGCUUUCCUCUUGCACCACAAAGCAUGGACAGAUUUUAAGCUUCUUGCCUGGAAAAAUAAAAAAGUUCAAAUGUUGAAUCAGGAAUGUGGAGAUACCGCAUGUUUUGCUCUCAGACUGAACAAUAUUUUUUGUGGUAUAUCACUAAAUAUUCAGGACAGAUUGUUCUGCUUUUAUGCCAUAGUAUCAUUUCCAAAUGUGCAAGAAGGCCAAGACAGACUGUGACAUACACAAUAUUCCUCCAAUAUAUCCUGCGACCAUUUCAUAUCACAGUGUUGUAUAAAGGUGGGGACACACUCCUAAAAGUGUCCAGCUUGAGGUUCAUGUCUCUGGGUCCUUGGCCUGUGAUAUCGGGAGGUGCCUAAGGAGACCUUAUGGAGCCAUGAGGUCGCUAAACUGGUGUUUAGUGACCCUGAUACCAUUGUAGGAUAACAAAGGCCCAGAUGUUUAGGGUCCUGGUGCUUCCUGUCUUACUGUAUGGUUGUGAGACUUGUGCACUAAUCAGUGACCAAAGGCGACGACUGGAUGUCUUUGGUACUAGGUUUCUUUGGAGGAUCCUUGAGUACUGCUGGAAUGACUUUGUGUCAAACAAGCAGUUACUCGGGUAGACUCGGAUGAGGAGCAUCACUAGUGUCAGCUAUGACAUUUUGGAUGUGUUUCUCUGUCCGUGAUCCAGCACACAGGUGCCUCAGUGUUGAGGACCCCAGCAGCUGGAGAAGGCCAAGGGGGCACCCACCUUUCACCGGGCUGCGGCAGAUAGAUUUACUUUCCAGAGGCGUGGCUGGACCUGUUGUCUGCCUGGGUGGUUGCCAUCCAGGACUCAGCAUUCCCGCGUGGCACCAGUGCAUUCUUCUCGACCUGACCGCUCCUGUAAGUCAUGUUGACUUCAAUGCCGAACUUUGUGGCACAUUCUAUGCCUCAAACUCUAACCAGUGAGGCUCCGCUAUCAAAGCCCAAAGCAGUUAAACCAGUUCCAGCAGUUCUGAACUGGAUUAGGUUUAUGGGGGAGAGUUGUCUCUUUUGAAGCCUGAAAGGAGUAUUUGUGUUGCCGUGCAACAUAUCAAACAGCAAAACGUAGCAAAGAGUGAUCUCUGAAAGUAUCCUAAAUGGAAGGAACGCCAUAAAACAGUAUUAAAAGUGUAUUUCUGCACCGAAGCUUAAUGGACAGAAUGCAGUACUGUGCCAGUGAUGGAAACUGUAAGUACACAGUAAUGAUUCAGCUUCACCGUCCUUUUGUAUCACAAACCUGAGCUGACACAAUGAUGCUCUGCUUUAUGCAUAAUCCAAAUUGUGGUCACUCAUAAUUUAAACUGUUGAAUAUGACUGUAUAUUUCUUUAUUUAUUAAAUUAAUGUAACGUGUGCAGACAUGUAAUGGUUUCUAAAGUUGUUUGUAUUUAUUAUAUGGAUGGCGUGUUGAGCGUGUGGAUGCAAUAUAAGAUGAGCUGGGGAAUCUUCCAGUAAAAGCACCUUCUGAAAAGCAGCUGAUGACGUUUUUGUACCUGUUGUGUACGCAUUGUUAAAAAAUACACAAGCUCUCCUGUUACAGUGGAUUUUUUUUUUAAACCGGACUGUAUUACAAAUAAGUAUUGUUUGGUUUGUGGCCAUUGUGUAGCUUCAUAUUAUCUCAGUCACUGUAUUUGUCUCAUUAACUGUAAACAUUAUGAACAUACUGUAACAAAUGAACAGAAUAUGGGUUUUCUUGAGAUACACAUGGACUUUGUAAGUUUUCGUCAAUACACAGAUGCUGUGGGGGUGAGCCCACAUUGUACUGUCUGUCAUGCGUCUUUGAAUGCAUCGUGGGAUCAUUAAAUAAAAUAUAGC